UUACGAAUGAUGAAUGAAAUGAUGAAUUCAUUUCAAUUGAAUUUCAGUGUGAAUCUGUUGAAUGACUGCGUAAUGACGUUCACCAAUGAUGAGAAACGAAUCGUUGUUUAUGCGGCUUUAAAGCGAAGAACAUUAAUUUGUAUGGCCGAUGAGGUGAGAUAUAAGUGGAAACAUGGAGUACUGUCGCAGCAUGUUCCUGGACGGCGAAUUGCGUUAACAAUGAGGGAGGCGAGUCCAACUUUUAAGGAAGGUGGCGAAUUGUAUGAGAAGUUUGGCAAAGAGCUGAUCCGACUAUCAAACGUACGAAUCGCAUUUAGUAACGAACUGACAUAG